AUGGGCACAGAUCAGCAGACUGCCAAUAUCUCACAAGAGGAUACCUCUUUUAUUCCCCCCAGCAUCGAUACAGAGCGCUUGCUCGCCGGAGACUCCUACGCCUACUACACGCCCUGUCCUACCGCAAUCACACCUCACAGCAAAUCACCACUUACUCAAGAUCCUGUGGAGACUACACAAUGUGUCCUGGGUGUUGAUGAGGCUGGCCGUGGCCCUGUGCUCGGCCCUAUGGUCUACAGUGCUUUUUAUCUGCCCAUGGACCUCCACCAUCCUCUACUAGCCGACGAACACAGAUUUGACGACAGUAAAGUCCUGACUCCUGGCGUGCGCGCAAAGCUCAUGCGGCUGCUCAACACGCCCGGUCAAAAUCUCCAUGACUCCUGCGGGUACGCGAUCAAGGUUCUUUCAGCCCGUGACAUUUCCUCCGGCAUGAUGAAGCCAAACACCGCCGUCUACAACCUCAAUGCCCAAGCGAUGGACGCAACGAUUGAGAUUAUCCGCGGUGUAGUGGAAGAACGGGGUAUAGAUGUGCGGGAGGUGUACAUCGAUACCAUUGGGAACCCGGCGACAUACCAGCAGAAACUGGAGCGGAUCUUCCCUUCUUUGAAAAUCACCGUCGCGAAGAAGGCUGACUCACUGUACCCGUGUGUGAGCGCUGCCAGUGUUGCAGCCAAGGUUACGCGUGAUGUGGCGCUCGAAGUGUUAUAUGAGGCUAUCCGCCCUGCUCAAGAUUCCGACGGCGCGUCGGCUCCCGAGGGAUGGGGUAGUGGCUACCCAUCAGACUCCAAGUGCGUCGGCUGGCUCCGACGGAAUAUGAAUCCUGUUUUCGGCUGGGGUAAUGAAUGCCGCUUCAGUUGGGGCACAGCAAAGGAGAUGCUAGAGCUGAAGGGUGGGGCUCGAGUGGACUGGCCAGUGGAUGAUGAUGAGGGAAAUGGCAUGCUCAGCGAGUUUCUCCUAGCGCCUAGUUGGGGCAAGGGAUCCAGCAAAGAUGGUCUCCGGGACUGGUUCGGGCAAAAACAAACUGAGAUCAUAUAA